CCAGCAGUCCGGGCGGUGAUGGCGGCGGCGGCGGCGGUGACGGCGGCAGCGGCGGCCCCUGCGGCGGCGGCGGCGGCGGCGGGCGCGGAGGGCGCCUCUUCGGUGCACUGGUUCCGGAAGGGGCUGCGGCUGCACGACAACCCGGCGCUGCUAGCGGCCGUGCGCGGGGCGCGCUGCGUGCGCUGCGUUUACAUCCUCGACCCCUGGUUCGCGGCCUCCUCCUCGGUCGGGAUCAACCGGUGGAGGUUCCUGCUUCAGUCUCUGGAAGAUCUGGACACCAGCUUACGGAAGCUGAACUCCCGCCUGUUUGUGGUCCGGGGCCAGCCGGCUGACGUGUUUCCGAGGCUCUUCAAGGAAUGGGGGGUGACCCGCUUGACCUUCGAAUAUGACUCCGAACCCUUUGGGAAAGAACGGGACGCAGCCAUCAUGAAGAUGGCCAAGGAGGCUGGUGUGGAGGUGGUGACAGAGAACUCGCACACUCUCUAUGACCUGGACAGGAUCAUUGAGCUGAACGGGCAGAAGCCACCCCUUACCUACAAGCGCUUCCAGGCCAUCAUCAGCCGCAUGGAGCUGCCCAGGAAGCCCGUGGGCUCGGUGACCAGCCAGCAGAUGGAGAGCUGCAGGGCCGAUAUCCAGGAGAACCACGACGAAACCUACGGCGUGCCCUCCUUGGAGGAGCUGGGGUUCCCCACGGAAGGCCUUGGCCCAGCCGUUUGGCAAGGAGGAGAGACGGAAGCUCUGGCCCGCCUGGACAAGCACUUGGAACGGAAGGCCUGGGUUGCCAACUACGAGAGGCCCCGCAUGAACGCUGCCUCGCUGCUGGCCAGCCCCACGGGCCUCAGCCCCUACCUGCGCUUCGGCUGCCUCUCCUGCCGCCUCUUCUACUACCGCCUGUGGGACCUGUACAGGAAGGUGAAGCGGAACAGCACGCCGCCCCUCUCCCUGUUUGGGCAACUCCUCUGGCGAGAGUUCUUCUACACGGCAGCCACCAACAACCCCAGGUUUGACCGCAUGGAGGGGAACCCCAUCUGCAUCCAGAUCCCCUGGGACCGCAACCCCGAGGCCCUGGCCAAGUGGGCCGAGGCCAAGACAGGCUUCCCUUGGAUUGACGCCAUCAUGACCCAGCUGAGGCAGGAGGGCUGGAUCCACCACCUGGCGCGGCACGCCGUGGCCUGCUUCCUCACCCGCGGGGACCUCUGGGUCAGCUGGGAGAGCGGGGUCCGGGUGUUUGACGAGCUGCUCCUGGACGCGGACUUCAGCGUGAACGCGGGCAGCUGGAUGUGGCUGUCCUGCAGCGCCUUCUUCCAGCAGUUCUUUCACUGCUACUGCCCCGUGGGCUUCGGCCGCCGCACCGACCCCAGUGGGGACUAUAUCAGGCGAUACCUGCCCAAAUUGAAAGCGUUCCCCUCUCGCUACAUCUACGAGCCCUGGAAUGCCCCUGAGGCCGUUCAGAAGGCAGCCAAGUGCAUCAUCGGUGUGGACUACCCACGGCCCAUCGUCAACCACGCCGAGACCAGCCGGCUCAACAUCGAGCGGAUGAAGCAGAUUUACCAGCAGCUCUCCCGCUACCGGGGACUCUGUCUACUGGCGUCUGUCCCUUCCUGUGUGGAAGACCUCAGCAACCCGGUGGCAGAGCCCAGCUCGAGCCAGGCUGGGAGUGUGAGCAGUGCGGGCCCAAGACCACCACCCAGUGGCCCAGCAUCCCCCAAACGCAAGCUGGAAGCUGCCGAGGAGCCGCCCGGUGAGGAGCUCAGCAAACGGGCCAGGGUGGCAGAGCCGCCGAGCAGGGCUGUCUGAGCUGUGGUGCCGUGGCUCUGCGAGCAAAGCCUGGGUGCCUGAGCAGCCGCGUGGCAGCAGAGUGCAGCCUGCAGAGAAGCCGAUCGCCAUCACGACAGAGAGGGAGCGAACAUGUGUGUGUGUGUGUGCGCGUGUGCAGGGGGAGGGAUGGUGUGCCUGUUUGCGUGUGCAUGCGUCUGUUACACUCUUGUGAUUCUGAGCGCUGCCCGGGCCGGAGGAGUCCCUGUAGCAGCUCACCUCAGCCUCCAGACACCAGGCCAGAGGUCAUGGCAGUGACUUUCAGCCAAGACCUGUCUGCAAGCCAGCCGCCCUGUCUGGAUAGAAGAGGGGCGGGACCCUGGCUGGGAGUCUGCCAUCUGCCCCCACUCGCUCCCUCUUCACAUGGGACUGAGGGGCAGCAGGGCAACGUUUCUGACUUGUCCAGAGCGUGGUACUCUAGAGGCGGCCGGAGCCCUGCUGGGCUCCUGCUUUAUGACCCUGGAGGCUGGAGUGGACCAGUGCUGUUCAGACAUGGCCACCUGGCCUGGCUUCUUUCUUAUUUUAAAAUCCCCAGCCACGGGGUCCUCCAGACCCCUCCUCAGGCAUCUGGGACUGAGCACAAGGCUGUAGACAGGUCUGAAACUUUCCACCAUCCUACGGAAGUACACCAGAUGCCUGAGCUAUGUGCUGUGCACACGGUACUAUAGAUGGUGGCCCAGAAAGUGCGUCCACGUUUUGGGGGCUGCAAGCCUAAGGGUAGGAAUAGAAUCCCAGCUCUCACUGUCCUUCCUCAGAAGCUGAGAGCCAGCCUCAGAGCGGACCGUGGCGAGUCGGUGCCUCCCCCACGAGGAGGCCAGGUUCCUGGCGGUAGAAAGCACCGGCUGCUCUAGCCACAGUCCAGGGCACCAGAGGUCUGCCACUGAGGUCAGCUGACACCCAGCCAGGGAAGCCAUUCUAGUCUGUUCUGUAGGCUUCCAGGCCCUGCCCGGAACUGGUCAGCAUCCAAGCUGCCACGUCAGCUCUCCCAGGAGCUGGACGCCAAGUACCCAGGCAGGUGAACUCGGGUGGGGACUGCCAGGGCCAGUUGGGAAAGGUCCAAAUCGAGAUCCCACCCAGCGCACCAGCCCUUCCAGAAGCCACAGGUGGGAGGUUUGACCCAGAGAAGCCAAGGCCUUGCAUUCCAGGAGUCGCCUGUGCCUCCCAACAUCCCCUCCCACGGCUGAAGGCCUGUGUUGAGAAAUGCGUACUGAAAGGAGGACUGUGUCGUCAGCUGGAGCAAGUCUUCCUUCCACGCUGUGGCCUGCACUUGAGCCACCGUGUGUGUGUGUGUGUGUGUGUGUGUGUGUGUGUGUGUGUACACGUACAGGUGUGCACGUAGCUGAGAGGCUAAUUCCUCUUCGGAUUUUGUCCUCACGUGUAACAUUAAGCUGGCCUCUGGGCCUUCUCUUCUCUACCUCCCCUGUGACCUUUCCUAGCCUCAUAGCUGUUAACUCCCUUCGCCCCAGCCCUGUCCCUCACUGUCCUCUGUCCUCGGACCAGAACCCGGGGCAGGCCCCUGUCUCCUGCAUCUGUGCAGCACGUUGACAGGCUUCCUCCUGAGAGGUCCUCAGGUUUUCUCAGCCAGAGAGCUGCCUUUAGAGUCUGACUGUAUGUAUGUCACCCUCGCUAGAAAUGUCCCGUGAUCACGUGGGGGAGCAGGGCCCAGGUGAUGGUGUGUAUUCACAGUAUUAGGUUGGGCGUUUCCCCGUUCUCUUAGCCAGCCAGGAGGAAAGAGACUCGGGGGCUGUUGCUGGCAGAGGCGUAGAGGGAGCCUGGGAGAGCUGGUCUGAGAGUCAGAAGGCCGGAGAGCUUAGGACGAGAGUCACUAUUUAUUUAGCAGCACCUUCCUAUAUCAGGAUGACUCCCUUUCCCUGCCUGUCGGAUGAUGGCUCUCUUCCCUAAGGUAAAACUUGGCACGACCACCUCCCCCGACUUGUGCACCAUCCCUGGCAUGCCGGCCUAUUCCCAGGGGAAUGGAGCCGUCCACUCCCAGAGCUGGGAGGGACCGCGUGAGGAAAGGGUGCAUCCAGUGGCCUGGAGCUCCACGAUGGCUUCGGGCCUCCCCUCUCCUGGCCCAGGUAACCCUGGGGGCUGCUGCAGAGCAUUGCCUCGAAACCCCACCCAAGGGCCAGCAUGGGGGAGAGGUGGUCGCAGGUAAAAUGCACUUUAUAUGGAGAUUUUCGAUUGCUGGGAAGGUGUGUUUCUCCCACAGUUUGUGACUAGUCACUUGUUUCAUAAACGUCUCACUCUGUUUAAGCAAA